CCCUUCAACAGAACUGGGUGAAUCCAAGGAAGGGGUGAAGUAUAAGCUGGUUUAAGAUGAUCAAAAACAAAGUAGUGAUUUUACUGUGCGUGUUCACUUUAACUUUUACAUUUUUGCUAUUUGUCUUUCACCUGGACACGUUAAAUAUUAAUAAGCCAAAUAAAAGAUUGAUCUCAAAGGAAAAAGGCAAAUUUCUACUUAUCCCACAAUCAAACUGUGAUGACGACCCUCCCUUCCUUGUUUGCCUGGUGACUGUCUCACAUUCGCAAUGGAAACAGCGCAAUGCCAUCCGGCAGACCUGGGGCAGAGAUCAGCGCAAGGAUGGGAAAAGGACGGUCGCCUAUUUCCUCCUAGGGUACGAUACGAGAUACCAAUCCAUGAUCUUAAACGAAAGCCUUAAUUAUGGGGACAUAAUCCAGAAAAACUUCAUUGACACAUAUUACAAUUUAACACUGAAAGUGCUGAUGGGAAUUCAGUGGGUUCACAAAUUCUGCCCAUCCGUGUCCUUCGUGAUGAAAACCGACUCUGAUAUGUUUGUAAAUACUUAUUACCUGACUGAACUUCUGUCGGAAAAGAACCAGACUCACUUCUACACGGGGUUUAUCAAGGCUAAGGAGAAGCCUAUCAGGUAUCAUAUGAGCAAGUGGUACUUGACAAAGGAAGAGUAUCCUCAGAGCACCCUGCCGACUUUUUGUUCAGGAACGGGAUAUGUUUUCUCGGGUGACCUUGCUGAGAAAAUCAUCGCUGUUUCAAAGCACAUUCCCAUCCUAAAGCUGGAAGAUGUCUACCUUGGGCUGUGUCUUCAAAAGCUGAAUGUAACUCCAGUGGAGCUGCACCCAAGUAAGCCUUUUCAUACCAGAAAAGUGGAGUUCUCCAUCUGUAACUUUCACAAACUGGUGACUUCUCAUGGAGUCAGCCCAGCUGAGUUGUUGAUCUACUGGAGAACACUGGCAGAGAACAGCAAAGAGGAAUGUUGGAAAAAAAUGAAAGAGUUUCUAUGGUCAUGAUUUAAACAAUGUGAGGGCAAAUCGAACCCCCCAAAACAAAUAUGCUUUUAAAACAGAGUUGUGAGCCCCACUUAAAAAUCAUCGUGGCUUAUCAAUGUGAAACCCCAUUUCUUUUCCUUGCCAUGGCUGCCAUUUUGAAGCAGGACUCCAAACAGCUACUCUAGCCUGUCACGCAUUUAAUAAGGAAUGUAAAUUUGAAUAUAUCACUUUUAAAAGCGAAAGUUAAGAAAUUAAUGGUGCUGAUGUUAGUGAACAAAAAGCUUAACACAUUGUAUGCCGAUCUUCUAUUAUUGAGCGCAUGCAGUAAUAGGGAUAUUUUAAAUGGGGUAAGAUUAACAAACUCACAUACCUGAUGGGGAACUUAAAAUUUUAAGCUUAUAAUCCCAAAUUAGCAUUAUGAAAUGGCAUCUUGACAUAAAAACUUGAUAUGAAAAUGGCUGUUAACUUGAAUUAGUGCCAAUAUGUAUAAAGUAACUAAGAUGACCUGCAGCCUGUGAAAAUUGGGAAGCAGCCAGAAUAGCCAGCUAGCUAGCUGUCUAGUAUCUAAAGCCUUUGAAUGAGACCUGAAUAAACUGAGGUCACUUCUCAGAUAACAAGGGGUCUCUCGCCAAAACAAUGAACAAUGAAAGGCGUUUUGAAACUCUUCCGAAUUUCUUAAACAGACACAUUGCCCAGGAUUUAACGGCCUCUCCUCGGCCCACUCCCUCCCCCACCCUACCCCGGUAGAAGCGGCGAGCCAGUUAAAACUCCAUUCAGUUUGGCGGGACCAUAAUAUCCCAACAGACGGGAGGAGCCAUAAAACCCUGCGAUAAAAGAAGUCAGUCGGCCAUUUUUUAUAUCUCAGCCAAACUGACUUUAAAACGCAUACUAAUAGCUGACACAAGUCAGUCAGCAGUCAGCCAUCUUUAGACACAAGGCGUUGAGUUCCUUUGUUGAAUUCUCCCUCCCUGGAUUUUGAAACAGAGACACAUCAAAAUCAAAUAUAACCAUAUUGGAUUUGUGAGUAUAAUUUUCUAUCAAUGCUUGUUUGAAGAUCCAAGGUUUGCUGAUAAGACCAUAAGACAUAGGAGCAGAAAUUAGGCCAUUCAGCCCAUCGAGUCUGCUCUGCCAUUCAAUCAUGGCUGAUAAGUUUCUCAACCCCAUUCUCCCGCCUU